AUGCUCCUCACCGUGAACAUUUUCCUACUUUUGCUCGCAAUUUCUACGCAAUCGGAAGUGACUUUUCAAGUCGAUUUGGUACCAAUUUGUGCGAAUGGCGCAUAUCCACCAAGUCCAAGCUCACAAGAAGCCGACUCGUUGACGCCGAGUGAACGAUGUGAGGCGUGUCAAAUCGUUUUGAAAACCGUUUACGGGCAUUUCUUUAAACAGGUGUCAAGCCGUAGAAAAUUGGCUCAUCAAUUGAAACAUGAGUGUAAUCGACAUUAUCAGUAUCGUCGUCGAUGCCUUUUAUUUACGCGGACAAAUAAUUUGGAGAUUAUUUUUCAUGAAAUGGGCGCCACCGAGUUCAAACCGAUCAAUGCGUGCACAGUACUCAAGGAAUGCUUCACUCACCAAUCAUUGAGACAUCUGAAGAAAGAACAAAUGGAAUGGAUGAGACAAGACAAGUUUCAACGA